AUGGCUUCAAAGAACUCAAUCUCUCUUUCUCUUUUCUUCGCCCUCAGCAUCCUAUUAUUCACGUUAACCGCUGCAACUGAUUGUGAUUGCAACCCAAUUCCUAAGCAGAAGCCUGUCCCAAGUCCUAAGCCGACAAAGCUGGUCCCAAAACCUUUCAUCCCAAUUCCUAAGCCUGGACCGGUCACACCUCCCAGCACCCCUGGCACAUCCGGAAACUGUCCUAUCAAUGCUCUCAGACUAGGUGUAUGUGCAAAUGUCCUAAGUAACUUACUCAACUUGCAGUUGGGUCAGCCAUCGUCUCAACCAUGCUGCUCGCUCAUCCAAGGUUUGGUCGACGUCGACGCCGCGAUAUGUCUCUGCACUGCUCUUAAGGCUAACGUUCUUGGAUUCAAUGUUGACAUUCCUGUAUCUCUCAGCGUUCUUCUCAACGUUUGUAACAAAAAGGUUCCGUCUGGUUUCCAAUGUGCUUGA